AUGGCCCAGGCUUACGUAAAGGCGAUACCUUGUUUAAACAACACCUUGAACCUAACGGUCUACUUCCAACAUUUCCGCUGCUCAAAACUGGAGAUUAACCUCACAACAUGUCAACCGAUACAAACCCCUGACGAGAUCGAUACUAUUCAAACACUCUGCGAUGCCGCUGAUAUUAUAUGGAUAACCGGAUUCUGGUUUUCGGUGGUAUCAGGAAUCGUUGGUAACGGACUGGCGAUUCUGACUAUUGCGUCGUUACAUGCUUCAACGGCAACCUUCUUUGUGGGGUUGCUCGCAGUUUCUGAUCUGAUCGCUAUUUGUAUCCAGGUUCUGGUGCAAUAUGCGGAUAAAUAUGGUAUCUAUAACCGCGCUUCGGCCUCCUGGGAACUUUCCAUUAUGCUCUAUGAUAUCAGUAUUUCAUACUCCAACUGGCUACUCGUGCUAAUCUGCUUAGAGCGCUACCUAACGGUUCGAUUCCCUCUUCAUAAACGAUAUUAUUUCACCCUCACGCACGCAAGAAUCAGCGCUGUCGUCCUGGCACUGUUGGUUUUCGGAAUCUACAACAGCGCCACCUGGACUCUGGGUUAUAACGACAUUAAAAUGUACAAAAUACGAAACUUGUUUUACGCUGGCCUACCUUUGGCCUUCAUCCUGGUCAUCAUCUCAUUAAUCUCAUAUCAGCUCCGAAAAAUCCACAGGGACAGGCAGACGCUUAAUGGGCGGGUCCACUCCAGAAUGGGCUUAUCGUCAAUGGACGAACAACAGAGCGCGGGAUUAACUACAGGAAGAAGCUCAAAUAAUUUACCUCUUCAGGAAAUCGCUAGAUUAGAGAACAGCAUCACUGUCAUGAUGCUCGUAGCCGCGGUUUGUUUUUCAAUCCUCACCAUUCCCAACUGUGUCCUCUUGUAUACAUAUAUAGACUACGCCAUCUCCUGGAACACCCCAGUCCUGCGUGCUCGCUGGCAUUUGUUUCAGAGGACCUCCCAAGUCCUGACCUACCUUAACCUCUCCGUGAACUUUGUCCUUUACUUCCUCAGCGCCAAGAAAUUCAGAACCCAACUGGUCAAAGUCGUCUUUUCCAAGCCGUGGUUUUGUCGGCGCUCUCAGAGUCAAAUUAUUCAACCAUUCAAUAACAACAGUAAAAUUGACAGCACCAACGUGGUCAUCGACGCUGAUUAUUUGACCUUUCAUCGGCGGAGCGAUACCAGCCCGAGUCAUACGGACAACAACAUUUCCAGCGAUAGUGCUGCUGAUGGUAUUCGCUUGUCUUCGAUCGCCGACAAUGUAGCACUGGAAGAGCACUCACCAAUAGAAGCUGCUUCUCAAGAAAUAUACAACAGUUAUCCUGCUCUACGUACAGAGCUGUAUGGCAGUGUUGGGUCCAGAGUCUGA